AUGCUGAAGUACUUGGAGGUGAAGAGUGGGAACGGGGCGGAGACGGACCAGUCGGAGGGGAGCGACGUGGUGGGGAGCUACUCCCUGGAGGAGUUGAAGAAGAAGAUGGAGGCGGCACAGAAGAAGCAUUUCGGAUAUAAGAAUUUGAAGGAUUUUCAAAUAGAAGCGGUGCACGCAGUGUUCCACAAGAGAGACAGUUUAAUUGUGAUGGCCACGGGGAUGGGAAAGUCGCUAUGUUACCAGAUACCCUCCCUUAUGGAGGAAGCGAAGAAAAAAUUCACAGUGGUAAUAUCACCCCUUAUAUCUCUAAUGACAGAUCAAGUAGACAAUCUGAAGAGAAAGGGAAUUUCCUCCGUGUUUUUAGGAAGUGGACAGAAGAUAAGUAAGAACCAGGUCUUAACAGAAAUUAAGCAUGGGAUGUAUAAGAUAGUUUAUUGUAGUCCAGAGUUUGCACUAAACAACAAGCAAAUGUUUGUAAUGUUAAGGAAGAGGAUUCUACUCCUAGCCAUUGAUGAAGUGCACUGUAUGUCGGAGUGGGGACAUGAUUUUAGACCGACCUACAGAAAAUUACACGAACUAAAGCAAAUAUUAGUUGGGAUCCCUUUUAUGGGUUUAACAGCUACAUGUACAAGAGAGGUCCAAAAUGAUAUUCUAAAGAAUUUAAAUUUCGAUAUGAAGACAUGCCUUAUCAAAACAAGUAGCGUUAACAAGAGGAACCUUUUCUACUGCGUUAGGGAGAAAACAAAUAUCCUGAAUGAUUUGAAAGAUGUGUUAGACAUUCCAAAUAGGAAAUCUUUGGAAAGGACCAAGAGGUUUAUUGAUAAUUCAAAAAUAUGUCCUUACAACUCCACCCUUAUUUAUGUUACGUCGAAAAAGGAGUGCGAAAAUAUUUUUUCGUUUCUGAAAGAGAAAGGAUUAUUGGUUCGAAUGUACCAUGCGGAUUUAAGUAAUGAUGAAAAGAAAGAAGCACAUGAAAAGUUCUUAAAGGACGAAGUACAGAUAAUCGUUGCCACGGUGGCAUUUGGUAUGGGCAUAGAUAAACCAGAUAUCAGGAGGAUCAUUCACUAUGGAUUCUCCCGUUCUCUGGAAGCCUACGUUCAGCAAGUGGGAAGGGCAGGUCGAGACAAUAGCAAUGCUGAAGCAAUUCUUUUCUUUCACGUAAAUGAUGAAUCUAAAAUAAAAAAUAUAUUGCUGAGGGAAAAUAUUGCUAAUAACUUAAUAGAAACAAAUUUCCAACGCGUUGAACAUAUAAUUAGUAUGUUCACAGAUGCAUCCGAUUAUGCUUACUCGACCAUCUGUCGAAGGAAAAAGAUAUAUGAGUACUUUGAUGAGACACCAAAUACCUGCACAGAUAUAGACGUGUUCGACAAUGAGGAUAACUGCGGCGUUUGCUUUUAUGUGAAAAAGUACGACAUGUACCUCUGUGCCAACUGUGAUAAUUGCGCAUAUUACUUGUCGGAAAUUCGCAAGGUCAACAGUAAGUUGUGUGGUGCAAAGGUGGACACCACAAAAAUGGAUGUAACAAGGAUGAGUGGUACAAAGGUGAUAGGUGUGAAUGUUGAAGACAUUAGUAUAAAUACCGACAAGAGACAACCUCCUACCGAUGCCACCUCCCUCCUGAAGAAGGAGUCUCGUAAGGCUGUGAAUACUACUCUACGUAUCAGUGACAACCCCCAAGCAUUGUCCAUCGAGGAAGGAAUAGAUCUAUCCGCGGAACUGAAAACGUUACUCAGUUGCAUUUCCUCCCUUAAGGGAAGAACCGGAAUCGGUGUCAUUUGCAAAGUACUGGUAAAGAGCAAAGAAUCGUGCAUAAUUAAAAAAGGCUACCAUAACAUUAAGGAGUAUGGAGAUGGGAAACACAAAAGCACUAACUGGUGGUCCGCUUUUCUAAAGGUUGCGAGGAAUGAUAAGUACAUAAAGGAAACAUUGGUCUAUGGAAAGGAUUUAAGUUAUUUGAGUGUAGGUUUAACUCCCAAGGGGGAGGCCUUUAUUAUGAAUACUGAACAAAGGUAUACCGUUAGAUUACCGUUCUUUUUGGUAGACAAGGAGAAGAAGGCAAAGAGUGGCAAAGGAACGAAGAAGACCAAUGCGAGGAAAAGUGAAAAUGAACCCGUGGAUUAUUUGUAUAAUGAAAAGGCUAGUCAGAGAAAUAGGUGGAACAACAUUGGGGAGGACUUCAACUACAAAGAAAAAAGAGACCAUGUGAGUAAGGAAGAAAAACCUUUGGAGGGAGAAAAACGUUCCUCUGUCUUGAGUGCUACUCACGGUAGCAUUUCCCACCAGACUGAAGGAGUCUACUCGAUAACGCAAGCCAGUGUCGACAGGAACAACACUAUCCCGGAUAAUAAAUAUGGAUACUUCAACACGGACAAGAAUCAAUGUCGAAGGGAGCAUCAAUACAAAGAGGAAAAACUAACGGAAGAAAAAAUAAAUGAUUCUAUAAUGAGAAUUUUACUUAGGACAAGAAUUAUAGAAGCUAGACAACAGAACAUCCCACCCUUUCAGUUAAUAUCAGAUAAACCAUUAAAGGAUAUAUGCCACAAACGACUCACAUCUGUUCACUUGAUUAGAAAACACGUCGAUAAUAUUUCACCCGUUUGUCCUAACUCCUUUUUGGAAAAGCUUAUUUCAGGAAUCAGAGGUUUUUGCCUUCUACACGACUUAGAUAUGAAUAUAAAUCUGAACACAGCUAGCCAAAAUAUGGGUUCACCUGAAGGCGUCGAAAGGCAGAUAUCCAGUCUGAACAAAUUUUCCAACCUAAUUUCAUCUUAUCAAUAUGAUCAUAAGACAGAAAAGCUUGGGGGAGACUCUUCCUUCCAAGGUGCCUCGUCGAGGGAGAUAAGAAGUGGUCCUUAUGUAGAUGGGGGUGUAGGAAGUAGUGUUGUCCACAACGGUAUGAACCACGGUUCCAUUAGCCACGGUGCAGUUGUCCGUAAUUAUGCGUGCAGGGAGGAAGAGACGCCCUCCUACCAGAGUAUGUACUUUAACGGUGGUGCGAAAACGGAGAUGAAAAUGGAUGUAAGUGGUAGUUGGAUUGCCCCCCCUGGUGGCCAAAGGAACCAUCCCACUGGGAAAUUUAUAGGGGGGGCGAAGCCGAUGCUCAACUGUGACACAAACCACCCUAACAGAGAUUUCAUCGAGAAACGUAGCGCAAAGGAAACUAUUUUGGGCCCCUUUUGCACCAAUGCAGAGGCGACCAACGAGCUACAUCAUAUUAGCAGUAAGGACAAAAGCAGACUUAUGGAUUUUUUCGAGGACGAUUUUAAAUUUAUAAAGGAGACCAACAAGUCGGAGUUUAAUCCAAACGGUUCGCUUGUGGAUAACAAAAGGGAACAAAGAGUUCCCAUCGACUUUCCCAAAUAUACCUUCCAGGGUGAAGUUUGGAGAGGGAGUAACGCAGCGCAACCCAUACAAAUCGGGAACGAAGUGGUGAAGCCGAAUGAAAGAAAUUUUCACAAUCGAACCAAUACCAUUACCCGUUUGAGCACCCUGGAGAAACAGGAAAACGGGGGUGCAUGGACAGGGCCAAGAGUGCGAGAAGCACACUCAGGUGAUCCAUUUAGAGAAUCCUUUCCCAUUAGGAGAACCAUGGGGGAGAAUCACGUUGAUGUCUUAAAUGACAAAAAAAAAAAAUUAGAUUUUAUUGAUUCGUUUUCAUAUGACUAUAAAAAACAACAGGACGAAGAUAACCUGGGAAGGUUUCCCGGCAGGCAUGAUGGCACUUCGUCCUUUCAGGACUUUAAACGACGAAGGUUUUAA